CUUGAAACUCGUGGCGGGGCGUUUUGUCUUAGAUCUGACGAUCGUUUAGCUAUCACGAGGCUAUGGCGGGGUGAUUUUUGCUGACAGGGGUUAAAGCCAAUUACCGUAGCUGAUUGGUGGGGCUUAAAUUGUGAAUGGGAAGGCUUGGGACUAGCACUAGCGUCUUCGUCAAUCGCUGAAGAUCCUCAGACCCACUAAAAAGUUUAGACUCUUUCAACAUCAAACGUCAAUCAAUCACUCUAUAUCAACCUCAUACCAUAUUUACUAAAUCACACCAAAGAUGGCCACAGUUCUCGGGAAACGAAAAGCGCCCUCACAAAAGGAGGAAUCUUCAAUAAAUCAAGAGGAUGCUCAAGCAAUCUUCAAGCGGCACUUUGAAGCUCAGUUCGCCCCGUUAGAACUAACACAACCAAUUCUUAAGACGACACAAACUUCUGAGCCUGAAGAUCUGCGAUCUGAUUCAGACGACGCCUCUGAUGAUUCUUGGGAUGGGAUAUCUGGCUCAGAAUCAGAUGAAGAGCUUGAAAAUUCAUCUCCUGACACUUCGGCAGCCGAAGCCGUCGAAGUAGUCUCACACACAAGCGCGCUCCCAGGACUCUCUAAUGACCCCCUAUCCAAGCGUGAGAGUAAAGCAUAUCUUUCCUCACGCAUCCCAUCCUCAUCUAUAGACCCAUCACCAUCUAUACCUACCUCAACAAAGAAGCGCAAGACCACCACGGAUGAGGAUGCCCCAUCGCUUCUGAAGAACGACUUAGCGUUGCAACGCCUAUUAUCUGAAUCGCACCUCUUCUCAGGAUCAGGACAUAAUGAAGGGAGCACAGAACAUAAAGGCCGCAACCGCCACAUAGCAACAGAUCUACGGUUAUCAGCUCUAGGUUCGAAAGCCAGCAUCUUUAAGCAGACCAAGAUGCCCAUGUCGCAUCGAAAGGGGAUCGCGGCAGCAGUAACGGCGCGAGAGUCCAAGAGGCGAAGGGAGGCACGUGAAAAUGGGAUAAUUCUUGAACGGCCUGCAAGCGGAGCUGGCAAAGGAAACACAAAGAUGAGAAAGAGGGAAAAGGCCGUCGACGCACCGGCGGUGGGGAAAUUGAGGAACGGGAUGUUAAAGCUAAGCCGGAAGGAUAUCACGGAAAUCCAGGGCAGUGACAGGAGAUCAGGUGGCAAGAGCGGUGGGAAGCGACGACGCAGGUGACGAUACAGUGUAAAAGUUAGCUGGUCAAAGCUGAUAAUGAAUUGUGAUAUGACUCAUACUGUGCCCUUCCUAAGUAUGGGUAUAUCACAGCUGUUAGCCCUAGAGGUAACUUCAUACUCAUGAUCAGCCCCUCCAGUACCUAACUUUUUUAC